AUUAUAGACUGUACGUUUUACAGAUAUUUGUGUUAAUAAUUUGAAUGAAAUGAGUAUACUGAAAUCGCCAAUAGAUUAUAAAAUAUUACAAGAUGAGUUGUACGAAGAGCUUAAAGCAAAUGAGUUAUAUAAAUUACAAAAUGAUGCAAAGAUCAGAGCAAUGGAACAAGGAGUACCUACUUAUGAACACUUUAGACAAAUGGUGAAUGGAGCUCAUUUAAAACCAUUAGAAUCAAAAGAUAUUAAAUCUAAAUCUGCAGUAUUAUGGAAUUCCAUAAGCAUAAAAAAUAAAUCAGAAUUUUUAACCUCGACAUAUGAAAAUAAUGGAACAAAACUAAUUAAAGAGAAAUUCAAUGAAUUUGCUAAUACAAUUCCAAGAAAUUAUAAAACAUUUAUCCAAAUGUGGAGAAAUACUAAUGAUAGCAAAAUAAAGUUUUCUUAUCUUUACAAUACCAGGUAAUGAAUUACUAUUCUUAUAAAAGAAAAAAAAAAAGAAAAAAAAA